GUAUAAUAAUCUCGUAUAGCUUCAACUGUAGGUACUGAAAUAGCCCCCAGUCUUAACCAAUGAGAUUAAGAAUGAGUCAAAAAUCCAUUGAUCGUAAAGCGAACGCUUUAAAAUACGUAAGUUUGGUAACUUUAACCCUUCAGAAUGCUGUCCUCGGUCUCAGCAUGCGUUAUUCUCGAACCAGAGAGGGAGAUCUGUUCAUUUCUUCCACGGCUGUCCUGAUGGCCGAAGUGGUCAAAUUGACGACUUGCUUGGCCAUCGUUUACGUGGACUCCGGUGGUAUCAUCAAGUUGUUCGAAGCUCUUCAUGCCUACAUCAUAAAACAACCCUUGGAUACUUUGAAGGUGGGAGUUCCGUCCCUUCUUUACGUGAUACAGAACAAUCUGUUAUAUCUGUCGGCGUCGCAUUUGGACGCAGCCACCUAUCAGGUAACGUACCAGUUGAAAAUCUUCACGACAGCCAUUUUCUCGGUGUUGAUCCUCAAGAAACAGCUGAUACUGACGCAGUGGCUGUCUCUGGUGUCCCUGAUCGGAGGCAUCGUCCUCGUCCAGCUGGCCCAGGACAAGGCGCCGGCCAAAGUGCCCAACGGGAUGGAGCAGAACCACGUUAUAGGCUUCCUGGCUGCCCUCGGUGCCUGUUGCCUCUCCGGCUUUGCUGGUGUGUAUUUCGAGAAGAUUCUGAAAGGAAGCGACAUCUCGGUGUGGAUGAGGAACAUCCAGCUGAGUCUCCUGUCCAUCCCGAUAGGAUUGGUCACCUGUUUCGCGCAGGACAAUUCCAAAAUUUUAAAUCAGGGAUUUUUCUUCGGUUACGACGGUUUCGUCGUGUACCUGAUCGUCCUGCAGGCUACGGGGGGUCUGUUGGUAGCCUUGGUUGUCAAAUACGCCGAUAACAUCCUCAAAGGAUUCGCGACCUCCUUAGCCAUAAUAAUAUCGUGCAUUGUCUCCAUUUAUCUCUUCGAUUUUCAUCUGACCGUCAAGUUUUCCGUCGGUGCUAUGUUGGUGAUAUUCGCGAUUUUCUUGUACGGUUACCAACCGAAGAAAAAACAAUCCCCUAUCACGGCUCACAAGGUGUAGUUCACACUGUUUUUUUCAACGUUGAGAUUAUUUUGUGCCACAUUUUUCAGAAGGGUUUAUUUACCGUACUUAUCAAACAACAAGAAAAGAUCUAAAAGUAUUUUAUUCGAUUUCGAGUGCUUUUCAGUACAAACAUGUUGAAUCACUUGAGAUACGCUUAGGUUGUGUUUUUUUUUUACUAAGUUUUAAGAUUUCACGUUGCAUUUAUAUGUACAUAGUUUAGCAACAGUAAAUUAUAUCAUUACAAUAUUGUAAGAUGAAAAAAAUCAAUUCUUUUCCACGUUCUCAAUAGAUUAUUUUCAUCGAUUACCUUUGGCAAUAAUUGUAGCGAAUCAAAACUACGAUCUUCCUAUUUUAUUCUGAAAGAACUUAACGAUAUAUAUAUACAAGUGUGAAAAUAAAAAUUUUUAUAAAUAUA